CCCCCCUCCCCUACUCCCACACACACACCAACAUCAUGGGGAGGAAAAAGAUUCAGAUCCAAAGGAUCACAGACGAGCGCAACAGACAGGUGACAUUCACCAAGCGGAAGUUUGGCCUGAUGAAAAAGGCGUACGAGUUGAGCGUGCUGUGCGACUGCGAGAUCGCCCUCAUCAUCUUCAACCACUCCAACAAGCUCUUCCAGUAUGCCAGCACCGACAUGGACAAGGUCCUGCUGAAGUACACAGAGUACAACGAGCCUCACGAGAGCCGGACCAAUGCCGACAUCAUUGAGGCUCUGAACAAGAAAGAACACCGGGACUCUGAGAGCCCAGACCCGGAGGAGCCCUUCUCCCUCACCCCCCGCACUGAGGAGAAAUACAAAAAAAUUGACGAGGAGUUUGAUAAAAUGAUGCAGAACUAUAGGCUGUCAUCUGCCGUCCCACAGCCUACCUUCUCCAUGCCCGUCACAGUUCCAGUGUCCAACCAGAAUGCAGCGGCAACGGCAGCCCUUCAGUUCAGCAACAACCCAGGUGGGGCCCUGGUCACCACCACCUCAUUCGUCACCUCCACCCUCACAGACCCCCGCCUGCUGUCGCCACAGCAACCAGCUCUGCAGAGAAACACCGUGUCACCAGGGUUACCACAGAGACCAGCCAGUGCAGGAGCUCUUCUCGGAGGCGAUCUGGGGAACUCCAACGGAGCGUGUCCGAGUCCAGUCGCAAACGGCUACAUCAGUGCCAGGGCCUCCCCAGGCCUCCUCUCCGUCUCCAAUGGCAACAGCCUGGGGAAAGUAGUCCCGGCCAAAUCGCCCCCUCCACCCAGCCCUCAGUUGGUCAACAGCCGCAAGCCAGACCUGCGGGUCAUCACCUCACAGAGUGGAAAGAGCCUCAUGCAGCUGACAGAGGAGGAGUUGGAGUUGGUGAGUGAGAAUGCUCAGCGGUUAGGCGGCUCCCAGGUGACGCAGCCGCUCACCACGCCCGUGGUCUCCGUGGCGACGCCCAGUCUCCUGGCACCCUUCUCUGGCAUGCAGACAGCCUACAACACUGAGUACCAGCUGACAAGCGCAGAUCUCACGGCGCUCCAGACCUUCACACCUCCAGGGUUGGUGCCUGGCAACAUGGCCGCCUGGCAACAGCAACAGCAACCAGUCGUAUCUCAGCAACAGCAGCAGCAGCAACAACAACAGCAACUGAGUUUGGCAUCACUUAGCAACCUGGUCAUGUGGGGUGCAGACAAACAGAAUGGGGAGAUGGUUAACUGCAUCUCCAGUUUUGCGGCUAACCUGAGCUUGGCCUCUCAAUCAAACAUGCUGUUUGGCAGAGAGGAAGGCCUCUGCUGGCCGGUAGGACACAUACCUCAGGGUGCCACAUUGACUGUCAACACGAACCCCAACGUCAACAUCAAGUCGGAGCCUGUGUCGCCCAACCACGGCGGCCGCAGCACCCCGAGUGCCACCGGCGGCGGGGGUCAGAGUCUGGGCUCCUCCUCCUACCCGGCCACCCAUCGCCUGGAGCCCGGGGCUCAAGGCCGCUCUCCUGUCGACAGCCUCAGCAGCAACGGGAGCUCGUACGAGGGGAGCGACCGGGAUGAUGGGACCCAGGGCCGAGGAGGAUUGCUGGACUUCCACCACCAGGGCAACACCGGGACCCCGCAGCAAGCCAUGGUCCUCCUGCGGCCCUCCUCGGCCGACCCCCAGGAACCGGACGGAGCCGGCGUGAAGAGAAUGAGACUGGACACCUGGGUCACAUAGAGAGACAGCCGGUGAAGGAAAGGCAGACUGAAGGAUUGCUGAAUUGAUGGACAGAUUGAUGGAGGGAGGGUAGAGAUGUGUAUCUGUGUACCUGCCCCCACCAGCCCUGAACCCUCCACCCCCCGCCCCUCUUUGUCCUUCUUGCUGCCUACUUGCAUACCUGCCAUCUACCUAGUUACCUAACUGUCCAUACAGGAAAUGCUGACCUCACUGUCUCACUCAA